AGCUUGCAUUGUCAGUAUCCGCACACAAAGACGGGACUCACUCAGCAGGGGCGGACUGAGCCCCUUUCCGGAAAACUGGACCCUCUUCCUAUAGGCGGGGCUUAGCAGCAGCGACACUAUGUGGACAUUCUUCGACAAACCACAACCAGCAGCAUUUUUUUCAGUUCUCUUGCAAACUGCAGAGGAGCUUUUGGAGAAUAACGGGACAGCUGCAGCAGCAUAAUGAUCCUGGUCAAGUUCACAUGUGCGGUUGUGACCAGACUUUUAUUUAUCCUGGUCUCCCUGAUUGGAGUCUGGAGGGUGACCUGGGUGAAGGCUGACUCUACUUACUGGCUCCUCACUUUCCUCUUUCUGCCUCUGGUCGUUGAAAUGAUCAUCACUUUGAAAAGGAGAAAAGGACAAGAUUAUAAAUGGUUUUCUCCCCCAAUUUUCUUGUUUCUCAUCAGUAUUAUUCCCUCCAUCUGGAUCUUGGAGCUUCACUACCAAGAAAAUCCUGCCGGUGACUCUGAGUGCAAAAGGCUCGACUCUUGGGCAAACGUGCGUGGGGUGAUUACUAUAAAUGAGACGUGGACAAAUCUCACAAACCAAGACUACCUCAAGCAUUUUGACCAGAUUUUCUCAGUGGUCUGUCCCAAUGAAUGGAUCCUGGCUCUCCAUCAGAUCUUGCUCAUCCUCCUCAUAUUGGGAAAGUGGCUUCUCCCUUUGGGGGGCGGAGUCACACGUGACGAACUGUCUCAGCUCCUUCUGAUUUUUGUUGGUACAGCAGCGGACAUCCUCGAAUUUACGAGUGAGACGCUGUCAGAUGUCAAAGGGAACAGCUCUCAGCUGGUCUACAUUGUCUUAGGAGUAUGGACGUGGAGCAUGUUACAGUUCCCACUACAUCUGGCCGUGGUGAACUCCAAACCAGAGGGUGAAGACAAUCAUGCCCUCCAGGAAUUGUCCCUCAUGACUAAACACAGCACGGACAUGUGGUCUGUCUUGGAGGCACUCUUCAUUCAUGAUGGGCCUUUCCUUGCCGUCAGACUGGCCGUCAUGACCUACUUUGACGUCUUCCACCAGAUGCUGAUUUUCUUCGCCAUCAAGAACUUCCUGACGGUCAUACUGAAUUUGUACAGGUUGGCUGUUAUAUGCCAUGACUUCAGGCCAGCCAAGAGUCACAUUGUUGAGGACAUCGGCCUCCCAUGAACAGCUGAACUAUGGAGAUAACUUAAGACAGAGACACGUUACCCUUAAAGCUACAGUGUGUCAGACUUAGGGAUGCUUAUUAGCAGAAAUGGAAUAUAGCUUUAUUAAAGUCUGUUAAUUUGUGCUUAAUUACAUGUAACAACAAUUUCAUGUGUUUUCAUAAGCUUAGAAGGAGCCCUUCAUAUCUAUAUGGGAGCGGGCCCCCUCAUGGACGCCGCCAUGUUCACACAGUGAGUUUGAUAACCCUCACAACAGAAGGCAAGGGAGCAUGAAUCCCCAUCACCAAA